CUCCUCAGCAUCACUAUUUCUCUUACCUUUUGGCUGCCUGUGUUAAUAAGCUUGCAGGAGGCCCCAGCUCCUGGUUGCCAUGACAACCACAAGGAGCCAGCCGUUAGCGCCAUUACGCAGGAUGCUCAAGCCCCAGCAGAGAUGCAGUGAGGAGUGCAGACAGUGAGAGGAAGUCAUCCAAGAUCUCACUGCCUUCGCUGUAAGCUUCCAAAACAGGCAGAUGUAGAUGCUGGCGCAAAGAGGAAACAGGGGACCGGAACAAGAGGAGAAAGGGUGAAAAAAUCCAGUGAUUCAGGGACUCCUGAAGCUUGCCUACUGUGGACUCUGAAUUGGAGGAUGGGCAGGACAUCAAUUUGACUGUGUGCAACAACAGCAGCACCUUUACAUCAAGGAUGGAUUGACCCUGGAGGAGGAAGAAUUUAACACAUAAGAAGCAAAUGUUGAAGCCCCACUAGAUUAUCCAAGCAGCAGAAGGGCUCGGUUUCCUAGCCUUUUUCAUCUAUAAGCUUUGGGUUCUUCCCUUGUAGUCAAAGAAAGAAUGACUCUAGGUGAUCUAAUGGACUAUCAAGUGGAGAAGAUAUUGUCGAAAAGGCCUUCAACUGCUUUCUCUGGCUAAUGGGUUAUGCCCUUCCCUGUGAUCUGAAGAAGAAAAUGGAAAGCUUAGGAGAUGAUAAUUGAACUCAUGAGCGCUAAUGUGAUCACCAAUCAAGACCGUAUAAAAGCAGUGAUUCUUAUCCUGGGAUUAAUGUAGGUAUCAGGAGAAGACAACUGUCCCCUCUCCUUAUGCAGGGGUUACCAAGAGUAAAGCAUGGAGGAAAGUCGAAAUGAGAAGAUGAACGAAGCUCAUAUCCUUUUUGACCGAUUUGUCCAGGCCAGCACCUGCAAAGGAACACUGAAAGCUUUCCAAGAGCUUUGUGACUAUCUAGAGUUAAAACCCAAGGACUAUCGGUCCUUCUACCACAAGCUCAAGUCCAAGCUUAACUACUGGAAAGCCAAAGCCCUCUGGGCAAAACUGGAUAAACGGGGCAGCCACAAAGACUACAGAAAGGGAAAAGUGUGCACUAACACCAAGUGUCUCAUCAUCGGAGCUGGACCUUGUGGCCUUCGCACAGCCAUUGACUUGUCCUUACUGGGAGCCAAGGUGGUGGUCAUUGAGAAGCGGGAUGCCUUCUCCCGCAACAACGUUCUACACCUCUGGCCAUUUACCAUACAUGACCUGCGGGGUCUGGGUGCCAAGAAGUUCUACGGCAAGUUCUGCGCUGGGGCCAUUGACCACAUCAGCAUCCGGCAGCUCCAGCUGAUUCUUUUGAAGGUUGCCUUAAUUCUUGGCAUUGAAAUCCAUGUCAACGUGGAAUUCCAGGGACUCGUCUACCCCCCUGAGGACCAAGAGAAUGAACGAAUAGGUUGGCGGGCACAGGUACACCCCAAAACACACCCUGUAUCAGAGUAUGAAUUUGAAGUGAUCAUUGGAGGGGAUGGACGGAGGAACACCUUGGAAGGGUUUCGUCGGAAAGAAUUUAGAGGCAAGUUGGCCAUUGCCAUCACAGCGAACUUCAUCAACCGCCAUACCACCGCAGAAGCCAAAGUAGAAGAGAUCAGCGGUGUGGCCUUCAUAUUCAAUCAGAAGUUCUUCCAAGAACUUCGGGAAGCUACAGGUAUUGAUUUGGAGAACAUUGUCUACUACAAAGAUGACACUCACUACUUUGUCAUGACAGCCAAAAAGCAAAGUUUACUAGAGAAAGGAGUAAUAUUGCACGACUAUGCUGACACAGAACUCUUGCUCUCUCGGGAGAAUGUGGACCAGGAGGCUCUCCUCAGCUAUGCCAGGGAAGCAGCCGACUUCUCUACCAAUCAGCAGCUGCCAUCGUUGGACUUUGCCAUCAAUCACUAUGGGCAACCAGACGUGGCCAUGUUUGACUUUACCUGCAUGUAUGCCUCAGAGAAUGCAGCCCUGGUACGGGAACAGAAUGGCCAUCAGUUACUAGUGGCCCUGGUUGGGGAUAGCCUGCUUGAGCCUUUUUGGCCAAUGGGAACUGGAAUAGCCCGAGGUUUUCUGGCUGCUAUGGACUCCGCCUGGAUGGUCCGAAGCUGGUCUCUAGGAAUUAGUCCCCUCGAGGUUCUAGCAGAAAGGGAAAGUAUUUAUAGGUUGCUGCCUCAGACUACUCCUGAGAAUGUGAGUAAAAACUUCAGUCGUUACAGCAUCGACCCCGUCACCAGGUAUCCCAAUAUCAAUGUCAACUUCCUACGUCCAAACCAGGUGCUUCAUUUAUAUGACACAGGAGAAAUGAAAGAUGUUCACUUAGAAAUGGAGAACCUGGUGAACUCUCAAGUAACACCAAAGCUCACCCGAAAUGAGUCUGUAGCUCGUUCCAGCAAACUGCUGGGCUGGUGCCAAAGGCAGACAGAUGGUUAUGCUGGAGUGAAUGUGACCGAUCUUACCAUGUCCUGGAAAAGUGGCCUGGCCCUUUGUGCAAUUAUCCAUAGAUACCGCCCUGAUCUCAUAGAUUUUGAUUCUUUAGACGAGCAUAACACCGAAAAGAAUAAUCAGCUGGCAUUUGAUAUUGCUGAAAAGGAAUUAGGAAUUUCUCCCAUCAUGACAGGCAAGGAAAUGGCUUCAGUUGGGGAACCAGACAAGCUCUCCAUGGUGAUGUACCUGACCCAGUUCUACGAGAUGUUCAAGGACUCCAUCCCCUCCAGUGUUACCUUGGAUGCUGAAGAGAAAGCAGUCUUGAUUGCUAGUACCAAAUCCCCCAUCUCUUUCCUCAGCAAACUUGGGCAGAGCAUCUCCCGAAAGCGUACUCCCAAGGACAAGAAGGAGAAAGACUUGGAUGGUGUGGGGAAGAGGAGGAAAACCAGUCAGUCAGAGGAGGAGGAGCCACCUCGAGGUUACAGGGAAGAGAGGCCCACCCUGGUAAGCGCCUUAACAGAGAGGAGGAUCGACGUUGCUAUUGGCAACCAGAACAAAGUGAAGUCCAUGGCUACCCAGUUACUGGCAAAAUUUGAGGAGAAUGCACCACUACAAUCCACUGGUAGCAUCAGGAGACAGCCAAUCCAAGAGCGUUGUAUCAGCCAGCCGUCCCGCAGACAGCCUGAGCAGGGCCGCCCUGCUCCGAUCCCUCAAUGGAAACAGCAACGGCGAAAGGAGUGUUCUCGGACAUGCCCGAAAAAAGUGAUUACACUUACUCCUCCCUCCAUUCCACCUUCUCGGUCAUAUUGCAGUCAACAGAUGUACAGGGACCUUGAUGCUGACAACCGCGGCAAGCGGAGUCCCCUCUCUGAAAGGCAAGAAACUGAACCUUCUCGUCGAUUUUUUGUUGAGCAAUGGGAGCUUUCCCUUAGCCUCCGUUCCUCCAACCGCCCCGCUUCACCCUCCUCUGACUCCCUUCGACAGAAGUAUAUAAAGAUGUACACAGGCGGCGUGAGCUCAUUGGCUGAGCAGAUAGCCAAUCAGCUUCAAAGGAAAGAACAGCCCAAAACCCUUCUAGACAAGAAGGAACUGGGGUCAUUGAAGAAGGAGUUCCCCCAGAAUAUAGGAGGUAGUGAUAUUUGUUAUUUCUGCCAUAAGCGAGUCUACGUGAUGGAAAGGCUGAGUGCCGAAGGAAAGUUCUUCCACCGAAGCUGCUUUAAGUGCGAGUACUGUUCCACCACCCUGCGCCUGUCUUGCUAUGCAUACGACAUCGAGGAUGGUAAAUUCUACUGUAAACCUCACUACUGUUAUCGACUCUCUGGAUAUGCACAGAGGAAGAGACCGGCAGCGGCUCCUCUGUCUGGGAAGGAGACUAAAGGACCCCUACAAGAAGGCACCACAGCAGACAGAACUGGACGGUCCAACUCUACUACCAGCUCAGUGGAGAGGACUCCAGGUUCAAGUGUAAAUGGCUUGGAGGAGCCCAGCCUUGCCAAGAGAUUGAAGGGUACCCCAGAAAGGAUCGAGCUUGAGAAUUACAGACUUUCCAUGAAACAGGCAGAAGAACUGGAAGAGGUUCCUGAAGAAACCCUAGCAGAACACAAUUUGAGCAGCGUAUUAGACAAAGGGACCGAAGAGGACGCGGCAAGCAGCAGUUCAGAGUCUGAGAUGGAGGAGGAAGAUGAGGAAGAAGAAGAAGAGGAAUCCCAUCUUCCCCCUUCUGACCUGGGAGGUGUACCUUGGAAGGAAGCUGUUCGGAUCCAUGCUCUUCUAAAAGGGAAGAGUGAGGAGGAGCUGGAGGCCACAAAAAACCAUGAGCCUGGGAAUGAAGAAGAGGAGGAGGACGAAGAAGAAGAGGAAGAAGAGGAGGAGGAGGAGGAAGAAUCUAGUGAAGAGGGAGAGUAUUGCCCCUGGAACAGAGAGCUCCAGCAAGACCACUGGCUCCAACAUAACUCAAAAGAAGAGGAUACGGGUACAUUUAAAGCCGGGAAUCUGAAGCUACAACAGAUUGUAAAUCUAGUUGAUCCCCUGGAGAUCCAGGCAGAUGUACACUGGACACACAUUCGUGAAAAAGAGGAGGAGGAUAAAAUGGUGUCUACUUCCAAGUCCUCCAGUUCCAGAGUGCCUGACCUUCCUUCCAUACGCCACGCAGCAGUGCAGGCCUGGCUGGAGACGGUCUCUGGAGCCCCAUUUGAUGAAAAUGAUCUGGAGGAAGACGUGGACACAGAGCCUGCAGAAAUGGAGGGAGAAGCAGCCGAGGAUGGGGACACAGGGGACACCGGGGACACCGGGGCAGAACUGGAUGAUGAUCAGCGCUGGUCUGAUGACAUCCCUUCUGAAGCUGAAGGCGUGUUGGGAUUACAAUGCCAGGAAGCAAUAAAAAGAGAGCUGAAACUAGAAGUGUCCGAGAAGGAAGAGGAGCAGCCAACCUCCCCACCACAGCAAGGAAAAGGUCCCUCCUUGCCCCCCAGCCCUAGCAAGUCUCUUCUAGAAAGAACUGACCUACUUUCCCCAGUAAAAGCAAAAGCAGAGGACAUCCAAGUUCCCUUCUCUUCAGUUUUCAAUAAAGAAAAAUCUCCGGAGGAGCAUAUUUUCCCAGAUACGUUCCUCAUCAAAGAAAAGCCAGAAGGUGAAAUCCCCAUCGACCAGAAGGUUUUGAAUACUUCUGGGACAUUGUCUCCCAUCCGAUCGCAGCCAGCAGCACUGCCAGAAGCCAUCGUGACCACUUCCCCCGUUGUGUCUCGCCCUGUGUCUCCUUCGGUGUCUUCUUCCUCACCUUCCGCACAACUUCCCAUCUGCUCUCAGCCCCAGCCUUCUUCUGAAACAUCCAUUCCAUCCCCAACAGAGUCUCCCAUAUGUUUCCAACCCAGUCCAAUAAUAACCUCCACUCCCCUGGUCUCCCUCUCCCGAAAAGACAAGGACGACACGGUGGAAAAGCCUUCCAGCCCGGUGGCCACUGAUGAACCCAUCAAACGGAACGACCUCGUGGAGGAAUUCUGGUUAAAGAGCGCUGAAAUACGCAGGAGCCUCGGGCUCACCCCAAUAGAUAGAAAAAAGAGUACUGAACCCAGUUUCACUCUGCCCAGCCUUGAUUCUGUGUCCCUGAAAUCCUAUUCAAUCAAGAAAGUGUCUCAAGAUGAAGAAAUCCAUCUCUUGAAACCACAGCCUUCCCCUCGAAGGCCAGGCAUGCCAAAGUUAGAGAGCGAUCCGCCAUCCCUGCUGACUCCCAAGUCACCAUCUGAGAAAGAACUGAAAAGCUUGAUUCAUGAGGAGAGGAAAGAUUUGUCCAGCAGCUCUGGCCUGGGUCUCCAUGGAAGCUCUUCCAACAUGAGGACUUUGGCCAGUCAGAGCUUCAACACCUCGGACUCGACCAUGCUCACGCCUCCUUCGAGCCCUCCUCCUCCCCCUCCGCCCGAUGAGAAACCGGCGACUCUUCGAAGAAAGAAACAGGCUUCUUGGCAGAAGGACGCCGAGCUCAAGCCCUCGUCUGCCCCCAUCAUGCGGUCCCACCCAGAGCCAGCCCAACCAUCCAGAGAGGAGGUGCGGAAGUCAUUUGUGGAAAGCGUUGAUGAGAUUCCUUUCGCUGAUGAUGUCGAGGACACCUAUGAUGAGAAGACAGAGGACACGAGCUUCCAGGAGAAGUUCUUCACUCCCCCCAGCUGCUGGCCCUCCUCGGAAAAAGCUCUCUGCCCACCUUUGGUCAAAGAGAAUGGCAGGUUGCCUACUUUGGAAGGCGAGUCCCAGCAACAAAAAAGGGAGCUGCCCAUGGUGUCUGCAGAAGCCAAGGAACUGGCCAAAGAGCGGAUGAGAGCUAGAGAGAAAUCUGUGAAGAGCCAGGCAUUGCGAGAUGCCAUGGCCAAGCAGUUAAAGAAAAUGAAAGAGAUGGAAAUGACGGCGGCGGCAGCUGGAACCUCUAGAAUCUCAUCCAAAGUAGCUUCCUUGCCUUCCAAGACGAAAGAGCAGCUGGGCUUGGAACCCCUAAAGCAUUCGGCUCUCAGGAGAUCCGAAAUUCCCACCCUGAAGCACGAAGCAACCAGCGAGGAUUUCUUUUCCCCGGCAUCUGAUUCAGGGGGACCUGAUGGCUCUGUCACAUCCUCUGAGGGGUCGAGUGGGAAAAGCAAGAAAAGAUCUUCCCUCUUCUCCCCCCGAAGGAGUAAAAAAGAGAAGAAGUCCAAGAAUGAGGGCCGGACAGUAGAAAAGCCCAGUGGGAAUCUCCUGGAAGAAUCAGCCGCCAAGCCUAAAUCUUUGUGGAAAUCGGUAUUCUCAGGGUACAAGAAGGACAAGAAGAAGAAGGUAGACAAUAAAUCCUGCCCCAGUACUCCAUCCAGUGGUGCCACAGUAGACUCUGGGAAGCAUAAGAUGUCUCCUAUGGUGAGAACAGAGCUGCAACUACGUCGACACCUGAGUUUCUCAGAGGACUCUGAUCUCUCCAGUGAUGAUGUCCUAGAGAGGUCCUCCCAGAAGUCCAAGCGAGAGUCGAUUUAUGUACCACACGUCUUGGCAUUCAAGAGAUCAUAUUCAUCAAAGCAGAGGACAUACACAGAGGAGGAGCUCAAUGCCAAACUGACCAGGCGGGUCCAGAAGGCUGCUCGGAGACAGGCUAAGCAAGAGGAACUCAAGCGAUUGCACAGAGCCCAGAUUAUCCAGCGACAACUGGAGCAGGUGGAAGAAAAGCAGAGGCAGCUAGAGGAGAGAGGAGUUGCCGUGGAAAAGGCUCUCCGUGGAGAAGCAGACUAUUGGGGAGAGUCUUAUUACAGUGACAUCAUCGACUUGCAUCUGGGUGUUGAGCCCAGUGGCGGGACACCACGUCGUAGACCUCCCUCCUUCUGCCCUUGCUGUGUCCAUGAAGGCAUGGGAAAGAAGGAUGAUCCGAAGCUAAUGCAAGAGUGGUUCAAGCUGGUACAGGAGAAAAAUGCAUUGGUGCGCUAUGAAUCGGAGCUUAUGAUAUUUGCCCGGGAACUAGAGCUUGAGGACCGACAGAGUCGAUUACAGCAAGAGCUCCGGGAGCGAAUGGCUAUAGAAGAUCACUUAAAGACAGAUGAAGAACUGUUGGAAGAGAAGAGGAUUCUGAAUGAGAUGCUAGAGGUGGUAGAGCAGAGGGACUCCCUGGUGGCCUUGCUCGAGGAGCAGAGGCUUCGAGAAAAAGAAGAAGACAAGGACCUGGAGGCCGUCAUGCUGUCCAAAGGCUUCAACAUGAACUGGUCUUGAGUAUCUUCUCACUCUUGCUGGUCUGUCUUUCCUAGCCAUUUGGCCUGGGCUGGGCUCUUCCAGAACCCCCUAGCUUGAGAGAUCUGAGAAGGUCUGGCAUUUUCUGAGAGCAUCCUUUCAGGGAUCCACGUGCCUCUUCAUCAGUGGAAAGGAGCCUCAUGUGUUUUGGGGGGGAAACCCCAAGCAAAGUUGAUUUACCUGAGGCAGUUCAGCCACCCUAGAGGAUCUGGCUCAAGGGGCCCAUCUGAGAAAUAUGCUCGGGGAAAAGGAAGAGCGUGAGGUGAUUGACAUUUGUUUUGAAAAACCCUUUGUCCUCCCCAAUGGACCACAAUCGAUCCUUUUUCCACUUCCUCUACUAACCUGUUCAAUUAGAGAAAGAAGCAAAGAGACUCCUUUGCUGGCAUCACUUCUGCUGUUGCAGGGGGAUCUAAGCAGCCAAAGGGAGCAGUGGUUUUAGCCAUUCGUCCUGUCACCCCAUGAACGAAACCUAAAAAACACCUCUAAAUCCAGAUCUGAAAAUGCCUGGGGUUUAGCCAUCCCUCCUGGAGACUGAGAGCUCUCUUGAAGGAAGGAAUCCUCCAGAGGUAGCUGUUCGAGGGAUGAGGCUCCAAACAGCCCUACACUACACAAUUCAGAGAACGUUCCUUUAGCGUGUGUGGCCCGAGCGUGCCCCCAACCCAGGCACUUUCCUGGGACAAAGACCCCCCGGCCUGGGCAUCGCUGCCUCUUUGUUUUGAAUUGCAACUAUUUUGACACUGGAAAAGACUGACUUUGAGGGAUGGAAGGAGUCCAGGCCCAGGUUUCAAACUGCAAUUGAGGGCUGCCUCAGGACAGAAAGUUAUUGACACUGUUCAGUACUUUUAAGUUGGCAAAGGAGAAUAUGUUUUCCUUAAAUUUUUUCCUGUGUUUGCACAAUGAAAAUGAAGCAAAAAGACCUGACAGGACCCUCAGUCACUUUGAACCCUUCUUUUUUUUGUGGUCAAUUAACUUAUUUUUUUUUAAUACUUGAAAAGAGCAAGUUUGCUUUUUAUAUCUUUACAAGGAACACAAAUCAUCCAGUGCUCGAAGGAGGGAGGGCCAGACGUCUGUCUUACAUCAUUCGUCAUCUGAGCAGCAACUGGCCGAAGUCUUGGUUACGUGCAUCUAUUUAUUGCUGUCCUUCAUGAUGUUUCUAGCCUGUUAUUCUGGUUGGCUUCGGGGAAUAGAACAUGACCCUGUUGUGACCUCGUUUUUUUCUUGUUUUAUCUGAUGGCUUGUUCCGUGCCCUUGUGUGUGUCCCAUCUUGGACCCAUGCCUCCUCCUCUGCCUUGGAGAAUAGCACGUGUCCAGGACCCAGCUUUCCCUUUCCCUCCAUGCUUCAGACUGGCAAGUGGGCAAUAGUCAUGUGUCACAAUAUAUUUCAGUGAAUAUUCAAGAUGCAAAGCCAAGAUUGUGGCACCAGCCUUCCAUCCCCUAGCCCUUCCCAUUGUGAGGUCCUGACUGAAGAAAGCUGCUCUUCUCCUAGCUGACACCAAGGGUUCCUCCUCCAAAAAAUACCCUUAUAAAAGAAGGUAGUGGAGUGAACCGACUGGGCUGAUUGACAUGGAUGCAUCUUAAUCCAAUGGGUAAGACCCUCACUAGAGAGAGUUCCUCCGACCAACCCCAUCCUAAAGAAAUGCACUCGGUACAACAGGACUUGGCUGGUAGCUUUGGGCAGACUUUCCAGGCAAAGAGACGAACCCAAUGUGCUCGUCUCUUUUCUAGAAUGGCAGAAGGGAAGCAAGCCUUAGAAUCCUAGCGUUGAUCAAUUAGCAGCUUAAACCGAGAUCCCUCCAGUUUACCGGAGUUCCCCCGGAAGUUAGCUUCUCCAAGUUCCCACUUCACUAGCUUAGACGAACCCUGGAGUCUAAUUGCUGUCACCAGGAGUAUGGUGAACUCAGGAAAGAUGCCAUCUUUGCCAGACCAGGGGGGCUCCCUCCAGCUCUUGACUAGGCUGAAUGAUGUCCCUAGAGAACGAAAGACUCAGCACCUCUCCAAAGCCACCUCUGGAUAAGGCGAGAGUCAGGUCUGACCUUGAGAUUUCUGUGGGGAAUCAUUUUGUGCCUCAGCCAUAACAUCCUCCUUGGAUCUCAGUUUCCUCAUCUGUAAAAUGAGGGGGAUGGACUAGCUGGCCUCCGAGAUCCCUUCCAGCUCUAAAGAGAUGAGCCUUUUAACAAUAAAGGAGCAAAGAUUUUGUCCCUUAAUUCUUUCUGUGUCUAAAAGCUGCCAUCUUUCUUAUGAAACUCCCCAUUUCAAGCUGCUGGCUUAGUUAGGCAAGCUCUGGCUUUUCUCCCUGUCUCCCAUAUUUCUAGUAGCACAGUCUUCAUUUUUGUUCCCUUUCUCCAAAAAGAAAGAUGUUUGGUACCCUGCCUUUGAGUCCCCCAACUUUCCAUGAAAUGGGGACCCCCCAACCCCAACCUGUAGUGUAUUGAAUGCUACGCUACUACUGACCCUGUGGCCUUCUUGCCAACACCACCCCAUUGGUCAGGAGUUAAGGAUCAAUGCAGGGUUAAAUCCUUAAUCACAUAAAAGGAUAUCACAGUGGUGGUGAUGAUGUGCUUCAAGUAGUCUAACUUAGCAGCUCUCUCAGAUUUAUUUUUCUCUUUUUCCUGCUCUUACUGCUUCCACGAAUGUGAAAAUUCACACUACUGCAUCCUACCAAAUGACAGGCUGCUACAAUCUCCGACAGGGGAAAGUGGUGGGCUAAACAGAAUUUGCACAUAAAUAGGGGCUUAAUAAAUGCUUAUUGAGUUCAAUUUGUAGAAAGAGUAUAUUUUAGGGGAAAAAAAACUGCAAGCCUGCAAAACGUUCCCUAGUUCUUCCAGUCAACAGUAUUAUGGCUUUAGUGUGGUCAGUGGCAGGAAACUUAUCGAUGUACCUGCCAAAAUGUGAUGUUUUAUAUUUCCUAUCUUUAUUCAGUCUUACUUAGUUAAUCCUUACAAAAGAACCCGAGCUCCAUCCUGAUAUUUUUCAGAGAGAAGUGGAUUUUUUUUAAGCUCCUGUUUUUGUAAACCACUAUUUUGCAGAUUAUCUUAGUACCCUAGCCACAUGAGUAGCAUUAAAAGUUUCCCAGCUCUGGAAACGUCAUAUCCUCUAGCCAGGUUUUGUUUCUGAGAUCUUAAUUCCAGAAAAACAAGACCCCUGGUUCUUCUAAGCUUUUAGUGAGCACAAGCACAAAAAGACAUAACCAACCACCUAACAUGGGGUGACAGGGUCCCCAUUGCCUAAAAGGAAAGCUCUUUGCUUCCGAGUCUCACAGACCAUUUAGCAAUAUGGUUGGGUACCUCUUGGUCUGUGAUCCUAUCCGUGCUCACACUGGUACCAUUACUCUGUGACAGCACCAUGAGUUUGCAGUCUAACUUUGGUACCUUGCCCCCACACUGAUUCUAACCAGCACCCAUGGAACAAUCAUCUACUCUUGUCAAACAGAAGAAGUAUUUUUGCAGAAAGAUGGGAGGGGGAGAGUAGAAAAGGGAAGACAUUGGACCUACCUGACCGAGAAAAAAUGGGUCCAUUUUAUGCACAAUAAAAGUUUUAGAAAGAAAUACAUGGUGUAUUUUUAGGUAUUUUAGUGCCUAUAGUUAACCACUCUGCAUUUCCUUCACUGCAGUACCUUAUUCAAGCAAGCAGGCAUCACUGUCUGGUUAAGAAAAACCCAUAUUCAUUCACAUAUUUUAUAUAUAUAUAUGCAUAUAUCCAUAUAUGUACAUAUGUGCAUAUAUUGGAAAAUAUAUGUUUUGUAAAGAGCAUAACUUUUAUUGGCAUUUGUUCCUUUAGUCUUUCUAUAAAAUUCCCUUCUCCAUCCCUUGAACUCCCACACAAGGCAGUUAAAGUUCAUCUUGGCCAAAAACAAUCAUGUUGAGUAGGACCACAUAGCAUAGUUCAUUGGUGAACAGAGAUUCUCCCUGAAGUUAAAUCAUUGAUUUUGUCCUAGAUCCCUUCCCAGAGUUGUAUCCAACCUAAUUAGGUCCAGAUCUAAGAAGCAUCUUCAGGGGGAAAUGGCCCAAGCUCCAGACAUUGGUCCACCAUCUUUAGCACAACCAAGCAACAAAGCUGCUCCCCCAGAGUUUCAGAACACAUUCAGCAGAUACAGAUUAUUAAAUGAGCCCUUAGGAUGGGCUAGACUAACCAUCCUUGGCUGGAAGUCAGUCCAAAUAGAAAUGAAAGGAAUUCCAAAGAUUUCUCACCUGAGACUCUACACCUUUUUUCAUUGAUACCCCUGGUAUGAAAUAAGAUGUUAUCACCUCUCAACUCUAUUCAGCACACUCCUGGUAAAUCAAGACUCCUCUCCAGCUUGCUUCUCUGAAACAUAGUUCAUUCCAUGAUCACCAGCAAAAUGAGACACAAAAACCUGUUUUUCGUUUGCAACUGAAGAAUAAGAUGUAGCCAUGUAUGACAAAAUGGAGACAAGCCUAGAAAGGGUAGGUUAGAUCAUCCCCAUGAGUGCAUUCUGGAAGCUAGGACGGCUGGUUGUCCAAGGUCUUUGCCUCCAAGGGAAGAAAAUCUACCAGCUAUUCCAGAAAUGGUGGCAGAGGAGGAGGAGGUGACGGUCUUACAAUGGAAAACAAAGAAAAUAGUGGAUGUAUUUGAAUAGGCAAAGAAAAGUUCUGGCAUGCUGCUAUUCAUCUGUAGGAUUUUGUUACCCAGCCUAGCUUUUUAUUUCCAACCUCUAUGUUUAAAAUAAGUAGAUUUCUAGGAGUCAAUCAACCUAGUAUUGUCAUGGAGGCAAUAGGGACACUGCAGUAGCCAGGUAAAAAGGAAGGAAUUCCUUAGCCCAGGGUGAAUACCACCUAAUAGCAUCCAUGGGCUGCCACGCUGAGGAAGAGAAAUAGCCACUAUGGUCUAGUGCCAAACUUCCCCUCUUACCUCCACUCCCGGGCUCUCCUGGUCAUCACACCCAGUUCAAAGAAGUCACUUGUCAAGGACUUGUCAGGAAGUCACAAAAAAGGAACAAGGGUAAAGAGAGCAUGACCUUUUUUUUCCCCUUUUGUACCAUUUUACUAGUUUUAAUCAUCACUGCCUUGGGGCAAAUGGAUUCUGUCUCCUCUGCCAAGGUUGUCCAAAAUAGCACAGAGCUUCCUCAGUGCUAUCUCAGGAGGAUGGAGAGGAGGAGGAAAGCAACAUCUUCUGCUCCAAACACUGGUCCUCCUCUUAACUAGACGCCACAUUUUGUGGGUAGCAGCAAAUUGCCACAACUGCCUUGAUGAUAGCCACUCAGUGUGUUUUCAUGGAAACCCAGAAAGCUGCCCCAAAACUUUGUUACAUCUGAGUUCCAUCCAGCCUCUGACCUACAUACAGCCCUGAAGAGGCUCCCUUCUUGACACCCUGGAUGAGAUAACCCAGCUCCCUUGCCUAUAGCUGGGACUUGAAAAGGAACAGGAACUGUCCAUGCAGUACUUCCCACAGACAUGUACGUACCAGCUGCUGCAGCCUUGGAGUGGUUCUUUAUAAGAUGCUAUUUUUCCUCAGCACCCAUCGCUUUCAGUCCAGGCAUGACUUUCCUAAACAAGGAGUUGUCGUCAUAUUUUACAAGAUUCAGGAUCCCCAACCUCAGACCCUUCCAAAUAGCCAACUAGAGAAUAUCUCAGCAUCCAAGAAUAAAAAUCAGUUGGCUUUAAAGUAGGAUGUCUGGCUCCACAUGAUUCUCGCAGGGAAUCACUUAGUCGCCCUCCAUCUAGGAUCCUAUGAACCAAGUCUUAGUAGCCGCUAGAUUUCCCCAAAAUAGUCAAGUUGCUGGCCUCAGGUCCUAGGCAGUAUUCCCUUUGCAAAUAAUCCCUGCCUUCUAUGAGGUAGCCCUCCAUACAAUAGUACCAAAAAUAAAGGUGUUUGUGAAAGGAAGAAAGAAAACAGGAAGCUAUGUGGGUAGAAUCAUGACAAGAAGCAUUAGAUCAAAGUUAACAUUCUGAAUUCGCUUCCUGCUUUUGUACCAACUUAGUAUGUGAUGUUAGGCAGGUCAUGGAUUCUGAUUAAAAUGGGAAUGAUGACACCAGCUCACAGGAAUGUUGUGAGGCAUGAGGACUUAUAAAGUGAUUUGUUGUCCUAAGGUGGAAGGAGCCACAUAGUUUUGCCCUCCGGAUAUUCCUGUUACCUGAAUGAACUUUUCCUUCCUCUGGAGACUGGUCUCGAGUAUACCCCUAAGGAAACCCAACAGAGCUCUGAAGGGAGCUACUCUUCCAAAAGUUGUCUUAUUUGAAAGCAAUCACAGAUUCUAUUUUAAGAUUAUUUUUGUGUCCAUAUCUGGCUCUUCUCUUUCUGCUUGUUGGAUGUUGGCUGCUAGAUUAGCAAUAAGGAAGACAACAUGAAGCGCCCUCUACUCUUUUGCAUUCCAAUUGUCCAACACAUCUCUAAAAUGUGCUGAAGCCAGUCAUUGUUCCCAUAUUCCAACUCCAAAUAAACUUGUGUUCUCUCCAACUCGGUGUUCUGAAAAUGGAAUUGAGUUAAGUGUACAGGGGUGUAAUAAUUGCCCUCCAUGAUAUCCUCUACAAGGGUCAAGAAUGUACCCAGAACUAUAAUGUUUGGGUGGCUGAGCAGGAUCCAAGAGGGCAAGACCUCAGGGACCACCAAAAAACUGGAGACUUUCUAGUGAUGGUAUUUUGGGUGGUCAGGAGAGAGGAGCCCACCUUGUUAAAUUACGAGCACACCUAGAAAAACAGACAUACAACAGAUGCUCCCCUCCUAGAACCUGGGGAAAAUCACUGAUGUGCUCAGCCCAUAUUAGUCCUGCUCCAGGAGCCUGUCCUCCUGGAUAAAGAUAAGGAGAAACGUUUAACUGCCUUCAUUUCCAAAAGGAAAAAAUUCUUCUCUAAAGAAGUCAUUAUUCACACACACUUUUUUUUUUUUAAUUACUCCUCACCAGCCUCACUUUGGAACACAGGAUAAGAUUUCCAGAGCAAAAAAUAAAGGCGUUAGGCUGUUUAAAGAAAGCCCUCUUUGUGUUUACACACUAUUUAUCCAAAGAUUAGAGAAUGGUCUGAGAGCAUGUGUCUACACAUCCUACAGACCCAGCUGUCCAAAGCGCUUUGUGGUCCUAAUCAGUGGGCAGUUAUAAGAGACGUGAAGGAAGUACACCUGAGGACACUCCUCACCUUUUCCCUUCAAUAUCUUCACAGAGAGUGAAAUCAAGCAUCCUGCCAGCCUACACUGCAUGACCUACAUCACUGCUGGUUCAAGAAUUAACUCCAUGUUUACAUAUAACUGCAGGCUGAGAAAGGGAAAAAUAAUAGCCAGCCAUGAUCUGGCCUAGAUUAGGAAUGGGUCAAGCCCUGGGCACAGACAAAUAGAAAGAGAUGGAAUUCUUCUGUCAAAACUGAUAAGGGAGGAGAAGUAGCCCAGGAAGCUAUCUGACAGGAAUUCACAGAGAAUUAGCUAGUGGGGUGGGGUGGGGGGGCAGGGAAGCUUUCUGAGUCUAGAUGUAAAAGAUGAAAGGAUGGCCCAUUGGAAUGGCAUUGCAGUAAUUUAAAUAAUAUGUACCUACAAGCCAAAUGCAUCCUAAAUGAAGGGAUUUGCCUCUUGCACCUUCUUCCAGGUAGGAGAAUUCUGAUAUUCAGACUGAUUAAGGUUUUUCUAGCUUGUGUGUGGAGUAUGACAGUCAAUUUAGAGUAUCUUCUGUGUAGAAAUAAACAACAUUUCCAUCUGCUGAGUUUGGUUUUGGUGUACAUUUGCUCUCUAGACGUUUAUGCCCUUCAAAUGGCCAACAGCUAAAAUAAAGUCUGUCGUUAUUUUUUUC